UGAAAGUAAAAAAGUUUUUCUUCCUUUGUCUUUGGUUGUUUGUGUUUCACCUCGACGAUCAUGGCCAGUUUAAAACUUGGAACAUCGUUUCCAACAGCUUUGCCGACUUUGCCUACAGCUUCUACUGCGACUGCUGCUACUACGAGCGCAGCGGCCGCCACAAGUAUCAAGCUUGGGGCCACAACUGCUGGUGUCACUGCUGCUACAGGUGCUGCUGCUACUGGUGCUGCUGCUACUGGUGCUGCUGCUACUGCCGUCGGGACUUCUCCAUUGACAUAUAAGCAGCUAGAGGAGCAAAUCAACAAGUGGAGCUUGGAAUUGGAGCAGCAGGAGCGCUUGUUUCUUCAGCAAGCCCAGCAUGUCGCCACCUGGGAUAAAAGUUUGAUGCAAAAUGGAGAAAAAAUCAUUGAGUUGAACGAUAGUGUUGACAAGGUGAAAGCUGAGCAAUGUUCACUUGAGAAUGAGCUGGAUUUCAUCGCAUCACAGCAGAGUGAGCUGGAUGAGAUGCUUAAGCCGCUGGAAGAGUCUGUGCGAAGUCAAGGAUCGUCCUUUUACGAGCACCACGCAGAUAUUGAACGCGAGAAGACAUAUCAGCUAGCAGAAAGUGUCGACUCGCAGCUGAAGCGUAUGAUGCAGGAUCUGACAGAGGUCAUUCAUCAUGUCAACCAGAGCAAUGGUAGCCAAUCAGAUAGCAGUUCAAAUCCGAUGAAUCAGCUGGCCCGCGUACUGAAUGCUCACAUGGACUCCUUACAGUGGGUAGACGACAACACGGGAAUACUGCAGCGCAAGCUGGAGGAAGUGCGGCGCAUGAGUGAGACACAUCGAAGGGAACAGGAGCGGACAUUCCGCAUGGCGUAUGAUUGAUGCUGGGGAUGGCUGAGCCGCCUUUGCCCUCUCAUCAUGCUUGCGUUGACUACUUUGCCCUCAUCACUUCUUGUAAAUACUUCAUUGGCAGUUCCGGCUGGUUCUGGUACGUGGAAUGUACAUAAUGUUUGAUCCAUUGUCUGUAGUCGUAGUAGCUGUUGAUUUUCUUUGUGUAUGCCAUCAUGUUGUUUUUAAAAUGUCAAUGAUUUGAGCCGUAUCUGUGUGUGUGGGGCAGUGCCCUCCUCAUUGAUCUCACUUUUGCUCUUCUUGGAAAGUUUUGUACAGUACUCGUAAUCAUGUAUUUUUUUGGCUGCCAAUUGAGUACUUGUUCUUCUCAUUCCUCUCAAGAAGAAGACUAGCAAAUUGUGCUUGACCGUUGUGGUAUGCAUUUGCCGAUGUAUGGCCGUACGUUUGAAUGAACGAUACUCUGCUA